UAUAUAUAUCUAUAUAUUCAUCUAUCUAUAUAUAUCUAUAUAUUCACGUUGCGUUAGAAACGCGCGAUUUAAAUUUACCAUCGGGUGCGUACGUACUUUUGUAUCGGUAUCGUUUUUCAACGCGAAAUCACGCUAUACGCGCGAAUAUUCGCGACGGAGUCACGUUGAUACGCUUAUUGCCGAGCGAAGAGACAGGGAACGAGUGUUCCGUCGUGCGUGAGAACGAGAGAGAGGAGACGCGCCGCAACGCUUCGUAGAGAAAGGAGCCUCUCCGUGGAAUCUCCUCACGCUCCCCUCCGACACACUCCGACACACUGCACAAGGUGUCGAAGGCACGUCGCCGCGUAUUCGACCGAAUUUCGCGACCCAUAAGCGUGAGAGAGACAGACGCGAUAGACAGACAGAGGGAGAGAGAGAGAGUAAGGGAAAGAGAGAGAGAGAAAAAGAAAGUGCGUAUACGUGUGUUGUGCGAGAGAAAAAAAGGGAAGUAGACGCGAUCAAAGGCAAUAGAGAAGGACAAACGUGGAAGAGAGAGACGGAAGAAGCGAUCGAGUGGGAGAGAUACGGCUUCCUAAAGCGUGGGAUAGAGCGAGAGGAGCGAGGAAUCGGGUGGAGCGAGAGAAACGGAUAGAGGGACUCGACGGAGAAAGCGUGACGGACGUAUUCCGUGGCGAGAUCGAGUGGUGAGAAGGGACAGAGAGAAAGAGAGAGUCGAGCACUCGGGGACGAGCGCGAGCGAGAGAGAGGGCGCGAGAGGAGAGGCACAGUCAAGUGGAGGGGGUAGAGGCGCAACCCGAGCGGUGCUGCCGCCUAUUGGCAACGUCGCGUCGGCUCCCCACCCGGGCCAGUGUCGAGCGAGGUCCGAUGGAGAGUGCUUUACAGUAGUGUGAUUAUCCCUCGAGACGUCGUCGUGGUGUCGAGAACGUUCGCUUGUACUCUACGCUCGCCGAGCGAUAUAGACGGGCGCCUGGCAACCGUAACUCUCCUAGUGCGCGCAUUUUUCCUAUUUAUUCCCACUUUGAUAUAUACAUAAUUCCGCUCGCGUAUAUACGUACAUAUACGCGUAACGCACAUCUCGUAACGUCCUCUCGGAUCUCUCUGUUGGCGAGAGUCGAGAGAGUCCGUAACGUCGCUCGGUACUCUCGUACUCUCCCACCACCGUGAUCGAUUUCCCACGCGACGCGCUUACUCGCGCCGCACUGGUGAGGGAGUCCGCGAGGGUGAAGUAGGAUUCCUCGGCGAGGAGCAGACGAGACGCGACGCGGCAACGCCGCCCGUGGCAGCGACGGUGGCGGUGUUAGCGGCAGCGAUAGAGGCGGCAGCGGCGACAGAGAUAGAGGCAGCAGCAACGGGGACGGCGGACCUCGCGUUUUACGGAGCAACGGCAGCAGGCGGCGUUGGUGCUGCGCCCCGACGGCCGUCGAUCGAAGCCCGCGUUAUCGCAAUGGCUUCCGUGAAAGACACCGCGACUUUCUUUGCGGAGGGCACCGCGACACAGUUCGAACACGUUUUCAAACUUUACCCACAGGCGUUGCGCCUCAAGGCCGAUCACAAAUCGAAAAAGCCCGAGGAGCUGAUCAAGCUAGACAACUGGUAUCAGAAUGAGCUUCCUAAGAAGAUCAAAUCACGCGGCAAGGACGCGCACCUCAAUCACGAGGAGCUGGUGCAGACGAUGAAAUGGAAGCAAAUACGCGGCAAGUUUUAUCCACAGCUGUCCUACCUGGUGAAGGUGAACACACCGCGCGCCGUGAUGGCGGAAACGAAGAAAGCAUUCAAAAAGCUUCCGAAUCUCGAACAGGCGAUUACGGCGUUAUCGAAUCUGAAGGGCGUCGGUACCACGAUGGCGUCCGCCCUGCUUGCUGCAGCGUCGCCGGAAAACGCGCCCUUCAUGGCUGACGAGUGCCUGAUGGCGAUACCGGAAAUCGAGGGCAUUGAUUACACCACUAAGGAAUACCUAAACUUCGUCCAGCACAUUCAAAACACUGUCGAGAGGCUGAAUAAGCAGACGUCAAAUGGUAAGACAUGGAGCCCACAUCGAGUGGAACUGGCGCUGUGGACACACUACGUGGCAUCCGAGCUGAAGCCAGAGUUGCUCGAUGGCAUCCCGGGCUCGACGGAGAAUGGCAACUCGCACGGUGCCAGCAAUGGUGAGGCAACGGAGCCAUCGGAUGAUAGCAAUCAGGAGACGGUAGCGAAUGGCAAGGACACAGCACCGCUCGAUCCGGCAGCGAUCGACGAGAACAGCACGACAACAUCUUUCACCGAAGAUUCGAUGGACAAGCCGGCGACACCGAUCACUGCCGGCGAUCAUGCCGUCGUAGGCGCCAGCGAAGACACAAAUGAUUCCAUCAUUACCAACGACAGCAGCAACAACGCGACGCCACGACCUACCGACAGCGAGGACACCGAAGAGGACUCGCAAGAUGCGCAGGAGCCGCCCACCAAGAAGAGCAAGAAGUGACCCGAUCGGCUCGGUGACGCGACAAGCAACAACGUCAGCACUUUCGUGCCCGCCAGAAGUCUGUCGAUCAUUGCGGCACCGCGUCGUCGAUUCUGAGUCAUCAAUCCGGAUGAUGGACCGACGGACGGACGUACGACGGAUGGACAGACGAACGGAUAGGUAGAAUAGAAGAUGGAUGCACGGACAGACGGACGGACGCGGAUGGAUGGAUGAAUUAUUCUAUUUGCGCGAUUGCUUGGACGGAGCAUAGCCGCUCGCUUCAUCCUCGGCUCUUAUUGCGGCAGGGGGAGCGAGAAAAAAAAAGGGAAAGGAUUCGUGGGAUUCCAGAAUAUUGUGGAAUUAAUGUAUUUUGAAAUCCUCGAAUCUUUUAUCUCACUCUUUCUCUCCCUCUUCUGGUCUUUUCCGCAUCUCGUCCAUGAUUAUGUCUCGUUUUCUUACGGCUCCUCCUGUUCUGGUAAAGAUUUUUACCGAGUGACCGACGAAUAUGCACUCUCGUUGAUGCUAAAUGUCAGCUGGUGAUACAGCUAAAUUCUCGUUGUUGUUCGGACAAUCUCGUGCAUUCGUGUAAAUGUCAACAAGAGUUUUGCACCGUCUUUUGAUUAUGGAUCUCCUGUACAAAGUAUGUUGGAGCGGACAAGGAAACGUGAAAGUACAUAUACUCAAUGUUGCUUAGAAAUAAAAAAUUUUCGCGAAUAUAUACCUAUAAGAGAUAAGCCUUUAUAUCUCUAUUAACGAUAUUUUGUUGAUCUUUUGUAAUAUUAAUUUCUUUGAGAUUAAUAUAUACAUAUCUCGAACUCCCUUGAAAUGUCUUAUAUAAUGUAGUUUAAGAUCUUUAAAUUUCUUUGGAGAUUUACUGUGAAACUUUCCAAGUAUCUUACGUUUGUUCAAAUGCUAAAAAAUGAAAUGUGAAAAUGUGAAAAUUAACACAAUUAAGAUAUGCUUAAAUUUUCUCUUGCUGAUAUAUGUUUCGAAUCAUUUACGUUGUUGGAUCUUUAAAUCCGCCCGAAUGCCCUUUUCUUCCACGACUCCUUGAUCGCCGCUCUUCAACGCAAACACAACUGCCGUUCUACAAACAAGAAGAUGAUGCAAAACUAUCUUGAAAUAUACAUUUCUCGUCCAUUUUCUAAUCCACCUUUUCACAGUGUCAUGUCCUAUAAAUAACGAGACUCCUUCGUUCUAUUUAUUUUCAAUCGUCGCAAUAUUUGAAAUUUCCAAUCGUGGAACUUAUUUGUUGUAUAUUUUUUUCUUCCUUUUCUUCAAGAUAAUUCGAAUAAAUGAUUAAUUUAAAAAAAAAUAUAAAGCAGUGUUGCAUCUUUACGUGCAAAUAAUCAUAGAUUUUACGAAUAGAACCUGUAAAUUUUGACUUCAAUUAUGAAAUAUGCACUUAUAAUACAUAUGAGAGUUGAAUAUAAGAGAAAAAAUAUAAUGAGAAUGAAUAAAAACUAGAUGCAAUUUUUUAUUUUUUGUCUAUUAUGAGAACCAUCUAAAGCGAGAUUCAAGAACGUAAAUACAGCUCUACAUGAGCGUAAAUAUCCAUUCUAGUAACAUAAAACUUUACAAGUCUCCCAAUUGAAAAACUAGUUCUUGAAUUAAAAAAGAUAAAGAUUCUUUGAAAUAGUUUGCCACAAAGAUUGUUUUAAAAAUAUUAAAACAUUCAAUUAAAUAUUUUUGCAUCCUUAAAGUGUUCAAUAUUUCGAUUUUUGAAAAGGAUCUUCAUAGAAUCAUAGAUACUCUUUUCAAGACAUAAAUCGUUUCUAGUUAUUUGAUAAUCAAUGAAGUUUUAGUUUUGCGCGACUUUUGCGAUUGAAUUAACGUGCGGUGGAGUUCUCGAAUUAUUCCUUAGGAAGAGAUGAUCAUUGUUACAAAAAAACGAGAGAAGAAAAAAGAAAGAGUGAGAGAAGGAGAGAUGUAUGUGAAUGGAGAGAAGGGGAGAAGAGAGCAAACCACUCCGUGAGCAGUAAAAAAAAAACAAAAGCGAAAAUACUGGACAUAAUGAUAAUAUUAAUAUUAAUAAUAAUGAUAAAUAAUUAUUAUAAUUAUAAUUAUUAUAAUACCGAAUCAUUACCAUAAUUUAUAUACCUAAUGAGAAAACUGCAUGUCAGAGUGAUGCAUGGAGCAAACCAAAUACCUUGUAAGUAAAAAAAAAAAAAAACUUUAGAAGGAAAUAAAAGUAAUGCUUUCAGUCCAAAAAA